UUGUUUUUUUUUAGGGCCGAUGUGGACUGCCCCCUGGGCUGGGAGCAGUUGAUCGAGGGGGAUGAAUUCGCCUUUGAGGCGCUCUGCUCCAUCUCAUCGAAUCUACUGCUAGCUGCUACAUGCAGUAUUCCCGUCAAUAUGUAUUCGAAGCAGCGCCUUCGUCUAAUUGAUACAAGGGAUGGGAAAGUAAUCAAAAUUUUCUCGAAAAUGGGAAAAAACGAUGGUGAAAUAUACUUCCCGCGUUGCAUCCAAAGGUACAACGAAAACAUUUUUGUUUUGGACAAAACUGGACGCAUUCAAGAGUUCACACUUGACGGUAAAUUUGUUCGCAUAGCUGCACAAAUCGAUGCAUAUAUUGGCAACGCUUUUGUCAUUGAAGACGAUGGUGUGGCUUUACUGGCCUGUUCAGGAAUUGUACUGGAUCGAGAUAAUCAAACCAUCUGCGAUGACUGGCUGGAGAAAGUGCCUCUGAACGGCAGUAAAUGGUUGCCUGAUCUAAAUCAUGGUGACCGCAGAUAGCU